UAGCCAUUUGGACUAAGGAAACGUGACAGUAAAGUUAUUUUUCAGUUGCAAGCACAACGGACCGGUGCACUUGCAGCGACCGCGAAAUUAACGAUUUUCUUAUCAAAUCGAAAUAUAAUGAGAAAAGCAAUAAUUUAAAAACAAAGAAAAUUCAUUUAGUCAUCACAGAACUAUUUAGAAUGAAUGUGGUGUUUUAAAAUAUGAAUAGAAAUAAAUAAUUUUGUUUAAAACUAAAUAAGGGAAAGUGAAUUUUGUAUUUUUGGGAAAAUGGUUAUUAAAGUGGAAAUAGGAUCACAAAAUCCAACCGUCAGUCGGUUGCGAUCAAUAACAUCACAGUUCAUAGCAUCAAUGUCGUCGUUUCUCCUCCUCCUGGAUUUGGGGAUGGCAAUUAUUUUUUCAACAAUCAUGAUGCCUGCCAUACUAAAUGCUUCAGAGGGCUUGUCACUCAAUGAAUUGGAAGCUUCGUGGUUUGGUAGCAUGUCAUUUUUGACGCAGCCAGCCGGUGCGCUGAUAUCUGGUCCAAUAGUCGAUUAUUUCGGUAGAAGAAAGGCUAACUUUCUCUCAAAUGUACCAAUGUUAGCUGCUUGGCUUCUCAUGUACUUCUCUUGGAAUGUACCAUCUCUUUUUACUGGUAGUGCUUUAUUGGGAAUUAGUUUAGGGAUUAUGGAAGCACCUAUCAACUCAUAUGUGGGAGAAAUAAGCGACCCAUCUAUCCGAGGCGCGCUAUGCACUGUGACGCAAUUCUUCGCAUCGGUGGGCAUCCUACUUAUGUACUUCCUCGGUACCGUGGUAGACUGGCGGAACGCGGCUCUUAUUUGCCUCAUAGCACCAAUUGCCUCGAUGAUUAUGGUUAUCUUUGCACCAGAAACCCCAGUAUGGCUACUAGCAAGAAACCGAGAAAAAGAAGCACUACAAUCCCUCUGCAAGCUACGCGGUUGGACAACACCGGAAAAUGUUAAAGCUGAAUUUGAUGAACUGAAUGCCUACAGCAAGAGUAUGGCGAAGUGUGUUAUAUGCUAUAACACUAACCAGGAACAAAAGACCUGUGAACACGAAUCUAUGAAUUGGUUUAUGAGGCGCAUCCUUACAUUUAGAUACGUGAUGCUGUGCAAGGAAACCCUCAGACCGCUCUUGUUAGUGAUGAUGUAUUUUCUCUUCUACGUGAUGAGCGGCCUUGUACCUAUUCGACCUAACUUAAUUAAUGUGUGUGGAGCACUCGGUAUGGCGCAGGAUGGCAAGUACCUUGCUUUCAUGGUCGGUGUCAUCACAUUCAUCACGACUUUUGUCGUCAUUGGCCUCAUCAAAGUGGUCGGAAAACGGAAACUGUCCAUCGCAUCCCUCCUUGGAAGUGCGAUCAGCUGUAUGCUUCUAAGCAUAUACGCCAAGAGAAACUUGCCCGACACUGUGUUCUCAUAUAAACCUUCCACAUUUCCUACUGAGACUAGCGUCGUGCCAACAGUUUUGUUGUAUUUGUUGACAAUAUUCACUGGUUUGGGUAUACCGUGGGUCUUGCUUGGGGAAUUGUUUCCUUUCAGAAGCCGGGCCUCAGCUCAAGGUUUAUCAGCGGCAAGUAACUACGUAUUCUCCUUCAUAGGAACCAAAACUUUAUUCGACUUGGAAAGCAAUUUAAGACUCUGGGGAACCUUCGCGGUGUAUGCGGGAUUCGGCUUCAUUGGUGCCAUUUACUUAUACUUUUUCUUGCCUGAAACCGAAGGCAAGACAUUGCAGGAAAUAGAGGACUUCUAUAAAGGAGAGUUGAGGAUUUUCGCUGAUGACCCAAUUAUAAAUAGUUGUAGAAAGCAUAAGAGAUGACAUUGUUAAGGCUUUAUUAAAAUAAUUCACAUA